CAACAACAGGACAACAACACGACAACAACAACAACAAGACAUAAGGAAAAACACAGAUAAAUACAAACAGCAGUGACAGCAAACUGCCCCUGAAUCUGGACGACUGGACAGUGGGUUGGAUUAGUAGGUUAGUUGUUAGUAGUUAGUUAGUCGACGUAGAUUAGUGUUAGCAGGUGCCGUAAGACGAACUGUUGAUGUUUGAGAAAAUUCCAGGUUUUGAAGUUGCCCUUGUAGUAGGGAAAAUACGGUAAUUAUUGUUGUGGUGUUGGUUGUUUUCUGAUUUAAUGUUUUACACAUAUAAACAUCUAUGGACACGCUGUGUAAACAAACAUGUAAACAAACAUGUAAACAAACAUGUAAACAAACAUGUAAACAUACAUGUAAACAUAUCAACUAGAAAUCUAACAGUCAAUGAAAUGAAAUGAUGGUUAUUGCACUUCCUCACCUGUCCACCAGUGGUUUGUUCACCCUCCUCCUCCUCCUCCUCCUCCUCCUCCCACUCAGUCAAGAGUUGAACCGUUUAAUUGCCCCGUGGAUGAAGCCUGUCACUGAACACACUUCUCUGAAUGUUGUCGGUUCUAAUCCCUUGAUCCACUUCCAGGUUUCUGUGAUUUUCUCCAGGACUUUCUUUUUCUCCACCUUGGUCUUAACCGCUUGCUUCUCUGUUUUUCUCCUCCUUUUGCUCCUCCUCUUUCUCUCCCUGACUUCCUCUCUCACCAGGACAACAAGAGCUCGCCUCUACUCCCUCCUGACCUGUUAAAAACUCUAGCAGACUUUGAGGAGGAGGAGGAGCUUGUCUUUUCUAAGCCUCCUGAUUUCUUCCAGGCCUUGGCUGCUCCUCUUAGUUCUGCUCCUGGACCAAACAUAUUUGUAUGUAGCUCCUCCUUCCUCACCCUAGUCCUGACCCCUGACCCCUGACCCUGAGCAUUAGGGUCCAGCUGCUAACUCCUCCAUCUGCAGUGUGUCAUGUCUCCAGCUUGUUCAUUCAUUCUUUUAUUGUGAAAGGAUGUGUGUCUUCCUGUCCUCACCCUGUCUGCCUGUGUUUGUCUCAGCAGUUGUCCACCCAGACCAGGAUGGAAAGUGGACCUGAGGUCGUGGGCCAAUCGUCUUCUCUCCUGCCAAUGUCUGGGUUCCCUGUGCAGGAGUUUCAUCAGAACAGCAUCUUCAGCCAGGCCUACGGUAAGAACCUGCCGCCCGGCUCGAAGCCUGACACUCCCAUGAUGCACCAGGAGCCGUCACUCUACUCCCUGUUUGAAGGCAACCCUUGGUCCCCGUCCCUUCCUGCGAGCUCUGAUCACUCCACCCCAGCCAGCCAAUCCCCUCACUCCUCCAACCCCAGUAGUCUGCCGUCCUCCCCCCCAACCCACAACCACGGGACGGUACUGUUAGUGACCUCUUGA